AUGGAGUCAGGCACCAACAACUCGGACGUUCCUCGCAUCACCGUCGACGUCGAGUCCUCAACUUCGCCUCCAGAGGUGUCAACUACAUUGCCCUUUCAAGUUGUCGUCAAACUCCGCCGACAGCCGGACUCUCGCGACGAGCCUUGCAUAGUCAAGUGGAAUGCGUCUCGGGAUGGCUUCUCUGAAGGCCGCUUCGCCCUCUUCCAUGAGACAGACACGGGCUUGCAGACGGUCGACAUUGAGGUCCCUUCGUUGACAUCUUCCUCUCCGAGCAAAGAGGAGCCAAUACAGGUGACUUCCACCAACCAGGUCAUGUUCGACCUCCUGGAACUCCAACCGUCCGGCUCUCACACCUUUCGAUGCACCCUACCUGAUGACUACCAGCGUCGCCUUGUCCCUGGAGAGAAGUAUCGCCUGCAGUGGCCGGGAGGAGACAUCACAUACUGGGGCUGGGGCUCCAUGAGCGACAAAGACGGCACUUACCUUGAGUACCAAGACCCAAAGUCACCGCGGGGACUUUCGCUUCCCGCCAGCGAGGGCUUCACUUUUACAGCCACUGAAGAAGCGGAACCUUGGCCCGGGCGGGCUGAGGCGGAAGCGAAGUUCGGCUUUACUGAAGCCAAUACCAUGGAAUACCUGUGGCGGAGCGAGCUGUCCAAUACUCGUCGCGCUGCUGCUGAGGUAGACGAUGAUCACACCCAGCACUCAGACCCAGGCGCUCCCGUUUUCAGCACCACGCUCGAAGGCCCAGCCGAAAAGUCUCUUAGCAACAAGAUCAAGAUUGUGGCGCGCAUUACGCUCGAGGGCAACAAGCCCGUUACUUUCCAUACCCAUCGCAUCAAUUCUGCCUUUCGCUUGUUUCGUCGCGGCCACGACGAGCCUCAUGGUGGAGAAGGAGGAAGCGGCGACGCCUGGGUUCCUUGCGAUCGUGACGAGACGCUUGGGUAUUUCAUCGUAGAUGAUCCCGACGUGCGUGUCCACGUCGCGCGGCACGAGGAUUUCGUGUCUCUUCGGCCAGGCGAAUCGUGGACAUACGAAUACGUCGCCCACGAACCUGGCGGCGCCGACUUCCCAGCGGACACUGUGCCUGGAGACCGGUUCCGCGUACGCUUUGCUGGCGUGGAGCUGGAUUGGUGGAACUGGGGCGACGCAGAAGCGCACGAGCAGACGGAGGUCUCGUUGCCAUGCUUUAUCAGCGGCGAUGUGGUUGAUCCGCGAGACAAUGAUGGACGGCCAAAGGCACGGGUCGAAGGCUCGGGACAAUUUCAGAUCGGUGAAGGGGGCACGGUCGGCCAUGCCUCCGGAGGCGAGACCAACGUCGCCGUCUGGUCCCCGGCCGUGCCAGGGGCAUUUGAAAAGGCCCGCGACGCUGCCAUCUACACACGUAUCGGAACGCGACACUCGAGUGCUGAGCUCCAGGCAGCAUUGGACGCAACGCCAGGCAUCGACCAGACGUUUUGUCUGUCGGUCAAUAACGUGAUCCUCGUCUUCUCCGCCUCUAAAGACGAGCACACAAGGCAGGUUCGUCUGGUACUCGAGAUGUUGCAGGGUCGCUCGAUGGGUGCCGAUAUUGAUGACUGCGUCUUCGAUUCUGCGACGAGCGCCGGGGCCGGUAUCCAACUGGACCGAAUCGGGCAUCACAAGGUUUUCAUGGUUAUUAACGUGGGUGUCCCGUCUUCUUCGUAG